GGCACCGGCAGAGCUGCGCCUGCGCGGCCGUUCGGCGCCCGGCGCUGGGGCAGGUGGCAGCGCAGGCGCCGCCCCUCAUGGCGCCGUUCCGCCUGACGGGUUUCCCCGGUAACUGACAACAGCCGCCUGAGCCCCUCGGCCAGGCGGCGCUUCCCCUGAUCAGGCGAGCCCCCAGUGGGCAGAGUUCCCCGUGUCCAGAGUCCCACGAGCAGGAAGGCGCUUCCCCGUGCCCGGCUCCGCGGCGGGAGCAUGGCCACGCAGAGUGCCCAGGAGGGCGCCUCUGGCCCCCCGCCCCAGCCGGCGCAGCCCGGCAAACCUGCCAGGUAUAUAUCCAAAUAUAGCGAACUUGUGAGACGUGAAGCAGAGAAAAAUAAAUCUCAGUGGAAAACUAUGGGGCCAGCAAAAGUUGCAGUGCCAUCUCCAAAUGAUUUUCUGCAGAAACGUUCCAAGGAGCCCAAGCUAGCACCAAAAAAAAAAGAACAGGAGGGUGAAAAAUUGCUUCCAUUAUCAGUGCCAGGGAGGACAUACCACCCAGUUAUUCGCAUUAAAAAGAAUUUUAUAUAUAAAAAUGCAGUUGAUGUUAUCAGAGGGAAGCCCAAAAAGCCUCGACAUUUUUGUGUUGAUACAAGACAGGGAGAUAAAUAUCUCCUUGAACCUUCAGGACUUUUUCCAAAAUACAUUAGAAAAAAGAAUUAUGGUGUUAUACCCAAAUAUGUGACACGGAGAAAUGAAGAAAUGAAGAGAGCGGAGGAGGAAUAUCAGGCCAGUGUUUUGGCGGAACUUAAGAAGAAAGCCAUGAAAACUCUAUCUGAAGAAGAAAGGACAAAUAUUCUGAAGGCACUGAAAAAGAACUGGGAGGAAGUAAAUCGAGCAUUUCAGACUCUUCCAGUAAUAACAGACACCAGGUACAAGAAAAUGCAAAAAGAAGAGCUGGAAUUAAAGCUGCAGCAACUGGAGCAUGACAUAGCAGCAAUCGAGAAGCACAAAAACGUCUACAUUGCAAAUGUGUAAGGAUUGUUGUUCAGAUACUGCCUCUUUUCUCCUUUUUCUCUAUCCCUGCAUCUCCAAGAAGUGCCUCUGUAAUGCUACUGUCAACUAUUUAGAAGGAAAUACUAAGUAUGCAGCUUCUUAGAAAAGUUGUUACGUAUAACUCUUAUCUGUACAAUUCCCAAAACAUUUGAAAUAAAAUGCUUAACUAAACUUUGAGUAUGAAUAAUGAAUUUAAUUUAUUAUUCUAUGUAAUUUUUACUAACUACUAAGGUUUCUAUAAACAUCAUACAGAAAUCAUAUAAAACACUGUUUCAUAUGUUUGGAGUACAUCUUUCCUUGCCUAGCCAAAACAAAGGGAAAUAAUUGGCUGCUGAAGACAGCUUGGUAAAUAUAACUUCAGCAUGGAAUAGCUUCUGGACUAUAUAUUAAAGAGAUGUUGUGCUUUACUUAAAAGCUUGAGUGAUUGUAUUUCUAAACAGCUUGGCUUUUGCAUAACAUUUUGUAUACUCACUUUUUGUUACCAAAACCAAUUUUUAAUGUGGAAAUGUGUAAUAAUACAGACUUCACACAAUACAGAUACCACAUGUGUGAUUUUACAAGUACGUAAUUCUGUAAUACUACAGUAAAUCUAGAAUUAAAUUAGAAAAAUGUGUUUUGACUGGAAUUAUGUGUGUACCGUUAGAAUGAAAGCAAUAUACAAGCAUCUGAGUCAAGACAGACAAAAACUGUGUCAGUACACUAUUGCAAUUGUUUGCAUAGAAUGAAAAAAUGUUUUUAUUUGCUACUGCUUAAGCUUUGCUUCAUAGAAUCACAGAUACUGUUUAGAUUAGAAAAAAUCUUUUUCAACCUUUCAGUAUGGUAUCAAUCACUACCACCAGCAGCUGUUGUGACAUCAUCAUUAUCUGACAUCAGCAAAGCAUAAAGUAAAAAAUUUGAAAUCAACUAUGAAAAGCCAAAUGUUUGCAUACAUUAAAUUCCUUUCCUAAAUUUGUCAGGGAACGUCUUUGAAGACUUCACCAUGAUUCUAGGCUCUAUUUCUUGUGCAUAUUGUACUUGUCUAUGACAUGCACUAGGAACGUGUGGGUGAGUAGGAAUGUGUAUUUUCUUUUUUCUACCUUAUUAUUAAGCAAUCAUUUUUAUUUUUGAAGGAUGUAAGCUGGAAGAAAGCUGCAGAUUUGAAAAAUGUAGUUUUAAUAUACUUCUAACUCAAAAGACUGACACACUGUAUAUUUUAAUAAAACUACACUUAAUUAUUCGUACUUAAUAAUAUGUGAUACUAUCUUCUAGUGAAGUACUUGAUGCCCCUUUAAGAAAUUCAGUGUAAUCAGUAAAGGCUGUUUCUUAUGACUUGAAAUGAAAAAAAAAGGAUGUGAUUACAAAAGAGCAUGCAUUCCCACUGCCUCCCUCUCAGCUUUUACUUGCAGACUGGCUGAUUUACGUUAGGAUCUGUAUUUGGUUCUUCCAUUUAUCAUCAGUGCUAACUUUAUGGAAAUGCAAAAUAGGUGGUGGCCUAUCCCAAAACUUGGGACAAGCAGCUAGGCCAGACUUAGAAAUAUUCAUCACUCACCAGUAGAAAUGACUGCUUUUUAAAAUUGUCAGAAGUAUGUUAAUAUAUUACUGGGAAAUUAGGAAGUGAAUGGGAAAGGAUGCAAAAAGUAUUCCUGCUUAACAGAAGAGGAAGAGACAAAAGCCAGGGUCCUUCUGUAGCUGAGUGGACUGUCACUAGUGACUUACAACAGUGCUGUGGUGUUUUUUUCCUGAGCCUCAUAUAGCUCUUUGCAGGUAGCUCUGCUGCAUGUUCCCCUCGUGAGACGUGGAUUGCUUCCUAUGGAGGGGCUGUACCCCCUUUUGGUGUGUAUUCUGUGGGAUCUGCCAACACCUCUGAUUAUGAAAAAAAAAUAUAAUGAAAAUCAUUGAAAAUGUAUGUAGAAGGACAAUACUGUUUACCCUUCCCCUUUAGCUCUCUCUGGGAAUUUGGACAAAAUAAAUUUACAGAAUCCAAAGAAAGUAACUCUGUAUCUAUAUGUUCAGGAAAUCCCAGUAAUUGAAAGUAUAAUGUUCAUGAAUGAAUUAAUAUGUACCAUUGAUAUAACAAAAUGAAAAAGGUGAAUAAACUCAAUUGUUCAAUUCGAUAGAAUUUUUCCCUCAUAAAAGCUAUUAAAUAUUACUAGAAACAAGUCUGUCCACAGGCUAAAAAGUAGCAUUACCAUUUGAAACAUCCUUUAAAUUCACGAGUCAGUUACCAAUAAUCCAUAAAAUAACAAGACUAUAACCAAAAUGCUUCAGUACUUCAUAAUUAUAAAAGCAGUAAUUUUAAAUUGUCCAUAUUAAAUUGUAUAACCACAAUAAAACAUGAAAAAUGGGACAUGAAUAAUCUAUUGGUCAGUAAGAGUUAUGUUCCCACAAAUUGAAAAUAUUUCCUGUUGGAAGUUGUGCAUGACAAAGCUGUGUAUCUGUUUUUUAAAAAUAGCAACGUGAAAUUAUGAUGAAUAUCUCAGUGGCUGUUCUUGAGAAUGAAACUAUUUAUAUUCAGGAAGGAAGGGAUCAGAUAUGGCAUUGCCGCAAACAGAGGGAGUUCCUGAUUGUAUGGCUCCGAUGGAGCUGCCUCGAGCAAGCGUCAGCUCUGACUGGAGCAUGUGGGCUCCAUGUGGCUCAUCUUGGACCAUGGUGGCUUUUUGGGCUUUGUGUGUAUUCCUGAGACAGUUCUUCAAAACUUUCAUUGUAGAGGGAUAACCUCAUUCCCCUCACAAAACAGUGAGACCAAAAUUCAGUGGGAAAAAUGGGAGAAAUUUGCCACUGAAUUCAUUUUCCAUAGUCUCUGUAGGUAGUUUUUGUUGGGGUUUUUUUCGUAGGAGGGCAUGUCUGACCCUUGUAUAUUAUUGUGGAAAACUGGAACUGCAAACUGCUGCUGUGAUGGCUCUGCCAUGAAGCUGAAAUCUAGUUCUUUCACUGGCAUACAUUUCAGGCAACACAACAUAUCUAACAAUUUCAGCCUUAAUGAAGGCAGACAUCUUUCAGAUAAGAAAAUGUCACAUAUAUGCAGGUUAAUAGGAUCCUAGAUAAAUGCCCUAGUCCACACUUUCAUCCUCAGCUUUAGGAUGCUUAUAAUAUUAAUGACAUAAUUAGAGGAGAGAGAAGUGGCAAACCCUGUUAUUACAGUCAUCUGACAUUUCCCAUAGUCAAGGCAGCUGCUGAGCCUUGCAGCUGGGACCAGGUGAGUAUAGUACCUGACCAAGCCAAGCAGGAACAGCCAUUUCUUCCAUGAGUGGCCAUCCAAGAUGGGGAUGUAUACUUCACCACAUGAAUGCCUAGACUGUAUAGUUUUUCAUGCUAUCUCAAUCUUCCUCCUGCUCCUUCUUGUCAUGCAAAGUUAUGUAAAAAUAUGAAGGUUUUCACCUUCCAGGCUAAGUGGCAUUAUGGUAGGAAUGCAACGUGAGUUGCAGUUGUUACGUUUUUUUUUUUCUUUACUGUUUAAAGGAUGUUGAUAUAAAUGUGAGUCCCAUUUCACCAGGUUAUGAAACACAGUUUUUAAUAGGCUGUACUUCCACAAAUAAUUGUAGAAAGGCAGAAUAGCAGCUAUGUGCUGGUCUUGUUGAUGCUGCUAGGAGUGUGAACUUCUGUUCAGUCACUAGUACUAGCCUGUGGUGUUAAUUCAUUAUUCCAUGCCAGCCUCGACAUUGACUCCACAGCAUGAAGAAAUUCACAGAAACGUGCAAACACUGGAAUAACUUGGUAUUCAAAUAUUUUCUCAAAUGUCCUUUGCAGUAGUGCCCACCAAAAAUUUAACAACAGCUGAGCUGCUGGUGAGCUGAAAUAAGGGUUUAUCUUGCUGACCUGUGCAGUUUCCUUGAACUCCCCUGGCACUGUAGCCUGCUGUUUCUUGUCUUAGAUUGUUAAGUUAUCUGUCAUACAGAUUGUGUUUUUCUCUCUUUGCUUAGUGCCUGACACAAUUUUGUCUGUUAGUAGAGCUCUUGUGUGCUUAUAAUAACAGUUAUAAUAAAUAUGAUCAUCUGGGCAUGAA